AUGGCCGCCUCCGCCGUCGCUAGAUCGAUGCUUCGAGCUGCAUCGUCUCGGGGAGCCGCUGCUGCUUCCACUGGCCGUUUCACAGCCUCUCAAGCGAAAUCAGUUCCGCCGAUGUUUAGAGCCACCGCUAGAAGAAGCUCACUGCUCUCACCUCUCCGAAAUCCUGUGGAGAUGAGCUUCUGUGUGGAGUCAAUGUUACCAUACCACACUGCCACUGCUUCUGCGCUAAUGACUUCUAUGCUUUCUAUCUCUGGACAUUCCUACGGCUGGCUCUCUGACGGUACACUUCCUCUCUCUUCCUUUCCCCUUUUUUUGGUGCUGCCUGAAUGA